CGCGACGCCCCAUUUACGCGCCUGCCUUGGUACGCACCACGCCGGUCCCCUCCCCUUCCUCCCCUUCCCGCUGCCCUCCAAACAAAGGGGAUUAGGCGUCGGGGGGAUUGCCGUGAGACAGGAGCUACCCCCUACCUUCAAUAACCGAGCCAGCCCAUCAUAUCAACCACGGGCCUUGUUGUCUUUUCGUCCGCAACGCUCCGAGGCAGACCCAGGAAAUGGCGCCGACAGAGCAAACUAUCCUCAGCAAUUACCUGCUCGCCCCAGCGCAGCUGCCUGCCAUCAUCUCGCUGCAGGAAUUCACUGCUCUAUUUCCUCGGAAACUGCAGUCGUCUCCCAGGAUCCGCAGUCUCUACCGCGACUUGCAGAGCCAGAGAAAUGCUGUCGUGGACCAUGUGGCCGCCCAGAUUGAGCAGGAGGCAAAGCAUGGAAAGGCAAUGCGGCGUGCCGUGAUCAGGUCAAAGCGGGAGGCAGAGGCCCAAGAGCAGGACGAUGAAAUCGAGAUUGAGAGGAUGCUGGGAAACUGGUCAGAGCCGCAGAACGCAAAGCACAGUCUGGCCUCCAUCCUCCCCGACAUGGAGGGCGCCAUCGGCGCGCUAGAAGCUGAGCUCCAACUCCUGGAGGAAGAGGAAGCAUCCCUGCUCGCCUCUGUGCGGCAGACCGUCGGCGCGAUGAGCGACCUGCGCUACGGCCGCCUGGCUAAUAGCCAGCUCCCGGAACAGGUACUAGACGGCCUGGGCAAUCUAGAAGAGAUUUGCAGGUCAAAGAAUUGAGGAUUCUGUUCGAUCCGUUGUGUGUGUGUGCCUGUCCGUGACUUGCCCUCCAUUACAAAACCAAUGAUACGGGAAACUCGUCCCUCUCAGCCCGCCGCCGUCAAACCGAGAGCCAACAGAACAGAGGCGGCCUACUGAGUAAUUACAGUAC